AUGCUUCGUGGUGCAGACAAGAUAAUUCAUUUGCAGGGUGGUACCAGUAAAUCUGUUGAGGACUGGAAAAUUUUUGUGAUAUGCAGUAACUGCCCUCAGAAGAACCAACGCUCGCAGCCAGCGCUUGCAUUAAUCUUCAAGAAACCAUCAUAUAUGCUGACUAAUUCGGCGCCGGAGCGCGAGAGUUCGUUGCUGCAGUCAGAAAACAAUCAUUUUGCUUACUUUUUGAAGUGCACCCCAAUAACUGAGCUGCAUGCUGAUGAUCUCUUAUAUCAGGUAGUUCGGAUACUGAGGAAUAAUGACACCAGUGGCUUCCUGCUGCCCAAGACGCUUUUGAACAGUCCAGCAAUUGCAGUGAAGGUGAUCGCUAUUUCAGCUAAAAGUCUUAAUGAGCGUAUGAAACUGUUUAUUGGCAAAGCGAAAAAAGAAUCAUUCGAGAAAAUUUUUGGAUGGAAGAAAAAGGUCCCUUUAAAAAUAAUAUAUUAUAAUAUAUUUUUGAAUGAAAUCAUCAGUUCACCAUAA